GGAAGGGAAGUCAACAUCCCUUUGGAGCCAUGAACCUCCCUCAGACGCCAACGGUGGCCCAGAUUGGAAUCUCAGUGGAACUGCUGGAGAGCCUGGCCCAGCAGACUCCUGUUGCAAAUGCUGCUGUGUCAUCAGUAGAUUCCUUCACGGAGUUCACUCAGAAGAUGUUGGAUAACUUCUAUAACUUUGCUUCCUCGUUUGCUGUUACUCAGGCACAGAUGACCCCAAAUCCCUCGGAAGCUUUCAUUCCUGCAAACGUAGUUCUGAAAUGGUAA